AUGGCAGAGACGAGGACUCUCGACCACAGCAGUAACGACACCGCUGCCGCCAGUUCAUUACCACGUCGAAAAGUAGACUCUCUCAGAGUUAAGAAUACGUGUGGAGGGUUCGAUAUUACUACUACCCCGUCGACCUCAAGCGACACGCCGUUCUCGAAGGCACGACACGCCGCAGAUGCCGCAAUGAUCGCAAUCAGUUCGCGACAUCACGACGGUCAUCGUCAUCGCGACGAUGGCGACGCCGGUUAUGGCGAUCGAGUCGCGGCUGGCGACCGAUUUUUCGAUGAGGACCGAGUCUUCGAUGGCGGCUGGCCUGCUGUGGCGACGUCAGACAACGCGCGGUUCCCCACGUCGUCGAGUCACCGCCGAAUGCGACUUCAUCCAGCAGUGAACCCCGAGUUUCACGCUCGGCGGGAGGAGGAUCGCCGGUCGCUAGAUUCCGAAUCGCCUCUCGCUGCGGACGGCGGCUCAGCAGGAUUUGAGUUCGACGCUCAGCGCGCAUCCCUGGUAAAGGAGGAGGCGCCGGAUUCGGCGUCGUCGAUGGUUGAUCCGCAAUUUAGGUUUCAUGGAGACUUGCACUACCAGCACCGCCAAGUCGACGCGUCAACGAAGCUGUUACCACUCGAUGGCAAAAUUCCUUCGCUACGACUCUCCCCGGUCGCAGCGCCCUCGCGCCACUCUUCGCGCGCGACGAACGAAGCUGCUUCGUCGGUUUCGACCCAACCUGCUUUGGCGGACCUAGCCGCGUCGCAGUCGAUCACGAUUGGCUGCCUCGUGCCUGUGGACCUCACCCCCGACAGCGUUCACAUGCUUGCCGCCGUGACUCUAGCGGUGGGUGAGAUCAACCUGUCCAAGUCUCUUCUACCCAACCACACGCUGCUGCUCGCGCCGCUCAACUACACCACGCAGCCCGUUGCAGGGCAGAUGGCAGCCCUCCAGCUAGCGUCAAUGGAUCCUCUGCCCGUGGCAGUGGUGGGGCCGCGCAACUCAGACCAGGCCGCGCUGGUCAGCCCGCUUGCGUCGUUCGCUCAGGUGGGCAGGGAGGGAGAAAAACGAGGGUCAGAGGGUGCUGUGGGGGGGAGGGGGGUUCCCCCAACUCAGACCAGGCUGCACUGGUCAGCCUCCUGGCAUCGUUCGCUCAGGUGGGCAGGGGGAGGCACAGAUGGGGGCUCAGGGGGGCGCGUAGGCAGACAUGGGUGGGAGGAGAAGAGAGGGUCUUUUUGA